UUAAUAACUAAAAAUAAAAAAAAAACUGAAUUAUGGAACGUUGGCAAAAUAAAGUGGCUGUUGUUACAGGAGCCAGUUCGGGUAUCGGGGCUGCUAUUGUUAGAGAUCUCCUCAACUGCGGUUUACAAGUUGUAGGUCUGGCUCGAAGAGUUGAUAGAGUUAACGAUAUAAAACAACAAUUGCCCGUAAAUUUACAACCCAAACUAACGGCUUUACAAUGUGAUGUAUCCAGUCUGGAAUCGGUUAAUAAAGCUUUCGAUAAAAUUAUUUCUCUUUUUGGUGGAGUUGACGUUUUAGUCAAUAAUGCUGGUUGCAUGAGUAAGGGCAAAUUAUCAACAAGAAAUCCUGAAGAAAUACAAAAAGUUUUACAAACCAAUGUUAUGGGUGUGGUGUAUUGCACUCAGAGAGCUUUUAAAUCAAUGAAAGAACGCAAUUUCGAUGGUCAUGUUAUAUUGCUUAAUAGUAUAUCGGGACAUCGUGUAAGAUGUUUACCCAAUUACUUGCCCGACAAUAAUAUAUAUGCACCUUCUAAGUUUGCCAUAACAGCCAUAACGGAAAUAUACAGGCAGGAGUUUAAGGGAUUGGGUACUAGAAUAAAAAUAACUAGCAUAAGUCCUGGUGCUACUGAAACUGAAAUUAUACCUGAUAGUAUGAAACAUACCGUGGCAGCUAUAUUGAAACCGGAAGAUAUAUCACAAGGCGUUGUAUACGUGCUCUCCACACCACCUCAUGUACAAAUACAUGAAAUGAUUAUUAAACCAGUUGGGGAAAUGUUUUGAUUUAUGAAUUUCGUCCAAGUUAUCCAAGUUAUUAUUACUUUUUUAAUUAUGUUUCUAGUUAUCAUGUUAAACUUGGUUAAGUUAACUAUUAUUUUAAAUUAUGUAAUAUAGAAAAACAAAAUCUAUAAUUUUAAAAUGGUUCUUUGUUCUUAGAAUAGUAACCAGCAGCUUUAAUAAACGUAGCCGACAUUAAGCAUAACAAUAAACAUACCAAAUGUAAUGAAGCAUGUAACGAACAAAAUCCCCUGGUUACAAAUAAAUAUAAAGUUAAAAAAAAGGAAAAUAUAAAAUGAACAAAUUUAUAUUUACGUAAAUUCAUUG